AUGCUCAUGGUAUCGUCUGCUGUGCAAAGGGGCUAUGCAGUGGUCACCGUGGGACCGCAUCUGUCGGGGGCCUCUGACAGGUGCUGGACAAAGACUUGGCCCCCAGAGGCCAGCAUAGAGAUCCCUGAGCUGAAGAGGGCCAUCCGGCAUGUCCUGGAGGAGCAAGACUGGUGGGGGUUGCCCCGAUACCUCCUUGGAGCAUCGGCCGGCGGAGCAGUGGCGCUGCUGUUUGCCUCCCGCUUCCCAGUGCAGGCAGCGGCGAGCAUGCUGAUGGGCUUCAGGCCAGACGAGGUGUUCCAAGAGGAGCAGCUUGUCAGCAGGAAUGGGGAUCAGCCAGAAGGCCAGCAGAAGUCAUGGCCAUUUCCCCCUGUACUUCUGCUGGAGGCCCAGAAUGACCAGGACAUCUACAAGGAGAGAAUACUCAGGAGCAUCCAAUUGCUCAACCAGCAGGGGCUGCAUGCUGAGAAUGUCACAAUGCAGCCCUACCCUUUGCACUCUACAUUUUUCAGUGACCGUUCCCCAGAGAUUGAUCCUGAACAAUCUCAGGCUGUCUACGGGGACUUGCAAGCUGCAGGCAUCAUUGACGAGAGCGGAUAUUCGAACUUUCCCUCCGAUCAAGCGACAGAAGAUGUGUUGGACACCAUGAGGGAUACCUUGUACUUCAUUCUGGUCAAGCACUUUGGGCUAAACCUGGGCAAGAAGGGGCCACUGCAUGAUGGAUACAUGCGUGUAUUUAUUGAGUCCUUCUUUGCGUCUCAAGCAAUUCAUGAGAUUCGGGCGAAGGAGAUGGACCUGAUCAUAGACUUCUUUGAGAGGGAGGGCACGCCAGAUUUGGAGCGCAUCACUGGCAAGCUGCAUGAUCUGGUCUGGCAGGAUGAGAGCGCGGCAGAAGCCGACGGCCUUACGAUGGCGUUUGCUCCCUAUGGCAACAUUCAAAGCGUGAAAGUCGUGCGCGACAAGGGCGUGGCCUAUGUGAAGUACGACAAGGCCUCAGCAGCCGCCGCAGCUAUUGAGGCUCUCCACGAGACUGUGUUGAAUGAUGGGCAAGGGCCCAUGCUGAAGGUCAUGAUGGCUGAGGCACCAACCAGGCGUGCAGUCCCGCCCAGGGCUUCUGGUGAGAUCCAGGUGGCACCUGAUCCUGACAAUGUGCCGCCACGCUCACGCCUCUUCAUGGUGGUCCCCAAGACGGCUGACGGCCACAACAUUGAGGAGGAGAUGGCAAAGUUCAGGGACUUGGAGUACUGCAAGAUUGAUCUCAUCGCAUCCAAGGGCAUUGUCUUCUGCAAGUAUGCCAAGACCUCCUCAGCGCUGCUGGCCCUGGAAGCUAUCAUGGCCAACGAUAAUGUGGUGGCGGGCUACAAGGUGAAGUGCAUGAUUGCUGAGCCCAAGGGCAAGAGGGGACGCAUGGAUCCCGGCAACUAUGACAAUCUUCUGACGGCAAAUCAGCUCUCAUCACAGGACUUUGGUGGCGUCUACAACGGGGGCUAUCUCCCACAGACACCCAUUGGAGCUGCACGCCUGCUGAACCAGUCUCCCUCGCUGUCUGGGAACACGGGGCUGGGCACUCCCAACAACCUUCAGGCGCGCCUCAACAGUGCUGCAACCAACGGGGAUCCUGGGACCGUCACUUCUUUGGGCCUUGGCAAUGGAUUUGUCGACAGGUCUGGGCUGCAGGACAACAUGAUGGCUGGCGGCUACAACAGCCUGAGUCUGCAUCACCUGCAAGCCCUGGCAGCGCUUCAUGGAGCCACCAACCUGGCACAUGGCUUGGGCGCCAUGGCAGGCUACAACAUGCAAGCGAACGGAAAUGGCAGGGGCGUCCUGUCACAGAACCGCGUGGCUGAUGGCGUGUAUCUGCGCAUAGGUGGCGCACGGCUGGCGGGGGCGAUCAGCCAGACCAUGACGCGGCUGUAUGUGGUGGUGAGCAAGGCCGUAAGCGAGGACAUCAUCAUCCGCCUCUUUCGCGCAUUCCCCGGCCUCGAGUACUGCGACCUCAAGCGCGACCACACCACCGGCCACUCCCGGGGCUUCUGCUAUGUGAAAUACUCCAGCCCGGAGAUCGCGAACGCCGCAAUCGAGCACUUGAACGGAGUUGAAUUCCCGCAGGGAUCCGGCCUGCGCCUCAAGGUCAUGCUGGCAGAGCCGCUCCAAGCCGGCACGCCUGGCAAGAGCACGCCGCCUCUGCCACUGUCGCGCAGCCUCUCUGUGCGCAGCGACUCCAACUCCUCCAUCCUGCAGCACCAUCGCUCACUGACUGGCGAGGAGAUCAGCUCGGCCAAUGAGAAGGGAACGAGCGAGCACCAUGUGGAGGUGGCGGCCGUGCAGAACAGCCUGGCCCACAUGUCCAUGCCACACCACCGCGACUUUGCCUUCGACGUCCCCAAGGAUAACAGCAAGCUCGGGAUUCCCACUGCCAACGGUGUGGAGGCUGAGACGGAGCAGUCUGCCGAAUCGUCGCUGGCGCUGCCCAUGCCAAUCACGGCGCCGGACGAGUGCACCAUCUUCACCUUUCUGACGCGCCCCAUGCCCAACUACGCCCUGCAGUACGUCUUCUCCCAGCACGGCGCCGUCGACUGGGUACACCUGCGCAGCGAUGAGCGCUACGGCAUCGUGCGCUUCUCCGAGGCUGAGGCCGCGCGCCGCGCCCUGGACGCUUUGAACAACACCACCAUCUGCGGCGAGGCCCUGACAGUCUCCAAGACCGACCCUCUGGCCAACCCCCGCAACACCAAGCGCCCGCGCGUCGCUGAGUAAGCGCUGACUACGGUGCUGAUAUAACGCUAACAAACUUGCUAAGGGCACAUCGAUCCUGCAGGCUGUGGCCCAAGGUGUUCGCAGUCUCUUGGCGCGUUGGAAGGGGAGCAGGGGCUCAGAAAAUAUGGGCCGGCAUAGGAGGUCUUGUGUGGGAGGGCAGUGUAGGCAUAGGGAAGCAACUGGAGGCGGAGGGUUGGUCUUGGAAGAGACCUGUGUGGCUUGAACAGGUGCAGCAGGGAUGUCAAUUAUGAGGUGACGGCC